AUGCUCUUUAAGGGCGAUGAGAGUUCCUCUUCACUGCAUGGGUGUGCGGAGUGCGGCUUCAUAAAUGAGUUUCGCGAUGGGGUCGCGAGGGGACUCAGAAUGUUUCAUUGGGACCCUUGUUGGCGUCCUUUAAGGGCUCUGUUCGCAGACGCACACCAUCCUGCGGUAAUGCUGCUGCCGAAGGAACGACCCGCAGCGCCACAACCUCUGCCACCUGUAUGUAGUGCCGUGGGCAUGUCCUCUGUGCGAGUGGGAGGGGGAACGAGCACCUCCUUCAACCAGGGCACACUCGGGUGUUCCGCUCGCAGACCGUGUCUACUGCCAGGAACACCAAAGAAGAUUUCGUAG